AUGACUGCUCCAGAGCAGCCUUUAAAACCUACGGAUAUGGACGUGGAGAGCGGCCAGAGAGACUUUUUACAGCAGGAGAACACGAGCUCUCAGGCAACAGAUGCACCAUCUUCAGAGCUGACUGGGUCAGAUGAAUCUGCAAUGAUGCAGAUCCAAAGUCAAGGGAUAAUAACAUCAAAUGGACAGUUUGUACUUCCUCUGCAAAACCUUCAUACACAGCCAAUCUUUGUGACGUCGGGUACUGACACCUCCACCAACUCUGUGCCUAACAUUCAGUAUCAAGUAAUUCCUCAGAUACAGACUGCAGACGGACAGUUGAGCUUCUCCACCUCUGGUGUCGAGGGAGAUGCUUCGGGUCAGAUCCAGAUUUUACCUGACGGCAGUGUGGCAUCAACAAACAUUCUCAACAAUCAGACUCUCAUAUCACAGACUGGAAAUGUUCAGCCGAUCCAGGGGGUUUCUAUUGGUAGCUCCACGUUUAACAGCCAUGCCUUGUCUUCUGAGGCUUCGGAUACGAACAACACUCUGCAGUCAGGCUUCAUCCAAACAAAUUCAGAGCAAAGCACCCAGGUGUCGUCUGCUCAGACCAUCCUCCAGCUGCAGCAGCUGCCUGUGCAGAGCACUAACGGACAGGCGGUGCAGUCUGUGGGUGGAGGACAGGGUCUGCAGAAUGUGCAACUACUCAACCCAGGAACCUUCAUCAUCCAGGCCCAAACAGUCACACCAUCCGGCCAGAUCCAGUGGCAGACAUUUCAGGUGCAGGGAGUGCAGAAUUUGCAGAAUCUCCAGCUGCCAACAACACCGCCACAACAGAUAACACUGGCCCCAGUCCAGACACUCUCCCUGGGGUCCAAUCAAGUGACUAUCCCGAAUCUGCAAACAGUUACUGUUAACUCUGUGACGCAGGAUUCACAGGCCGACAUUCCUGGAGACAUCAGGAUAAAAGAAGAGCCAGACACAGGAGACUGGCAGUUGAGUACUGACUCCACCCUGAACACAAGUGAUCUGUCACAUUUUCACGUCAGGAUGGCAGAGGAGGACGAUCAGCUCGGACAGGAGGGCAAGAGGUUACGUAGAGUGGCGUGCACCUGCCCCAACUGUAAAGACUCUGUGGGAAGGGGAUCAGGCACAGGCAAGAAGAAGACGCACAUCUGCCACAUUGCGGGCUGUGGUAAAGUGUAUGGGAAAACAUCCCACCUGCGUGCACACCUGCGCUGGCAUUCUGGAGAGCGACCUUUUGUCUGCAGCUGGAUGUUCUGUGGGAAGAGGUUCACACGCAGCGACGAGCUCCAAAGACACAGGAGGACACACACAGGAGAAAAGAAGUUUGUCUGUCCGGAAUGUUCCAAGCGUUUCAUGCGGAGCGACCACCUGGCCAAGCACAUUAAAACUCACUCGAAUAAGAAAGGUGUGAACUCUGGCAGUGCGAUCGUGGCCUCGAUGGAGUCUGCGGGUUCCUCAGACAGUAUCAUCACCACAGCAGGUGGCACCACCCUCAUCCUCACCAACAUCCAGCAGGGAUCCAGUGCCGCCCAGGACAUCCUGGCCAACGCAGAGAUCCCGCUCCAGCUCGUCACCACGGUGGCAGCUGCUGAGGUCAUGGAGUGA